AAGGAAGUGAGCUCAAAUUUAUAGAAAUGGAGCGAAAAUGUCCCCUUGUUUCAAGGGAGAGAAAGAGGGCAAGCGUAGCGAGGAGGGAAUCAAUUUUUCUUUUAGAGAGAGAGAGGGAGAGAGAGAGAAAGAGAGAGAGAGAAAGAGAGAGAGAGAGAGGGAUAGGGGUAGGUGUAGGGGUGAUUUCAUCUUCAUCUUCUCCUUCUGCUUUCUCUCCAUUAUUGAUUAUACCAACACCCCUCAAUAAGCCAUUCGAUUCCAUCAUCAAAGUUGCGCAUGGAGAAUGCAACGGCGAUGAAUGGGAUCCGGAAUCAGGAUUUGGCCCCAUCCUCCAUAGUCGACGCUCCCAAGAAACGGCUUUAUCAAACUUGGAACGGCCACAAUGGACCCCUGCAUUCACAUUCUGUUUGAAAACGCUUUCAAGGACUCAAGAAGCUGAUCCAGUAUUUGGGAAGGUUGUGUCUAUUGUGGGGAUUGUGCUCACAAUUUUGGAUUUGAUUUUUCUCUUCUUCACGUCUUCAAGCAAUCCUGGAAUAAUCCCUAGGAACAAAAGCCCCCCUGAAUUUGAUGAGAUAUUAGAAGCCAGUGUAACAUCCAUGGAUUGGUAUACCAGGGCCACUUCUAUAAAACUACCAAGGACAAAGGAUGUUAUGGUCAAUGGCUAUUCAGUCAAAGUGAAGUUCUGUGACACCUGUUUGCUAUAUCGUCCACCACGUGCUUCUCAUUGUUCAAUUUGCAAUAACUGUGUUGAUAAAUUCGAUCAUCACUGCCCGUGGGUUGGUCAAUGUAUUGGAGUUAGGAACUAUAGGUGCUUCCUGUUUUUCAUAACGACAGCAACAAUCUUGUGCAUAUAUGUCUUCACAUUUUCGUUGAUGAAUCUCCUUCAUCAACGAGGCAGUCUAUUGAGUAGGAUGUCGGAGGAUGUAGUUUCCGCCAUUUUAGUUUUUUAUUGCUUCUUUGCGGUCUGGUUUGUGGGUGGGCUAAGUUUUUUCCAUUUUUACCUUCUGUCUCAUAACCAGACUACUUAUGAAAGCUUCAGAUACCGAUAUGAUAAGAAGGAAAACCCAUUUAAUCGUGGUUUAAUAAACAACUGGAAAGAAGUCUUUUUAUCCAAGACUGCACCAUCACUGGUCAAUUUUCGAGAAUGGGUUGUUGGAGAAGAUGAAACGGUGAGGAGCUCUGUAAGGAGUGUAAGCUAUAGAUUUGGUGGGAUCAACUCCAAAAACAAGUACAAUUUGGAAUUGGGAGUGGUACGGGAGGAUGCUAUUUUACCAAAUUUGGAUUACAAUGUAAUUGUUGACCGUUUGAAGGAGGACGGAGGUGUUGAGAAAGUUGCUAAAGGUGAUAAGCCUAAGGAAGUCAAUUCCAGCUAGUAGUCAUCUGCAGCUCAUCGUACCUAAAGAGGUCAUAACAACAACGUUAGCACAUUCAGUGGUGGCGGGCAUUUGAUGGCCUGUAAGUGCAGGGGCAGAUUUUGCGAAAUGCGAAACUCUGGUGUUGCUUAAGACCUCUCCUGUUUUCUUCACCAUUCACUGGUUGGGAAAAACCUCGAUAAAAUAGAUGCGAUAAAUGUAAUGUAGUCUGGGAAUUUGAACAAAACGAGGAUGACGUAUCCUUGUUAAGGGGGAGGAAUUUUGAGGGUGAAGAGCUGGACAUCCUUGGGCCUUGGCUGGACUCAAAAGACACUUGCAAUCUUGCCUACUUGUCUUGGAUCUCAAUAUUCAAGACUUGUAUAUUUUUGAUAGCAAUUUUAUAUAUCUUUAUGAAUUUUCUAUGGUCUGAUUGUGUUUUAGAAAAAAAAUAGAAAAUUGUAUGUUUGGGGGUGUUGUACUUUGUUCUAUAAUUUUCCAAACAAAGUUAGAGGCACAUCUAUGAUGAAGGGGAGUAACAUUUUUGGAGAACCUUGAGAAUUCAAGUUUUGUGAAAAGUUUUAGUUAUAUGUUUCUACUAUUAGUUGUGUAUUUGUUCAUCUAUCAAGAUCUUGUCUAAAACAAA